AUGUUCACCAGAAGCAUAUUAAAAUUUACUUCUUCUUCUUCUUAUUCUUCUUCUUCUUAUUCUUCAUUUUGUUCAUCUAAAUAUUUCUUUAAUUAUUCAACUACAAGUAGUAAUAAGAAUUUCUUAAAGAUGACAUUACCAAGCGUAACAAUUAAUGAAAAGGUAGAGAGAUUGAGAGAGUUGAUGAAGAAACAGUCAUUGGCAGCAUAUGUAGUACCAUCAGAAGAUGCACAUCAAAGUGAAUACAUUACAGUUAGAGACAAACGUAGAGAGUAUAUUAGUGGAUUCUCUGGUAGUGCAGGCACAGCAGUCAUUACAACAUCUGAAUGUUUGUUGUGGACCGAUGGUAGAUACUGGUUGCAAGCAGCUCAACAACUAGAACCAAACUGGCUUGUCAUGAAGGAUCGUGUUCAGGGAGAACCAACCAUUGAAGAAUGGCUCGCCAAACGUCUCACUCCUGGUAGUGGAAAGGUUGGUAUUGACAGCAAGCUCAUCUCCAAAUCCUAUGCUGAACGUUUUGAAAAGGUAUUGGAGAAAUCAAAACAUCAAGUAGACCUAAAUGAAAGUAAUCUAAUCGAUCAAGUACGUGAAUCAUUUUCAUCGGUUGAACCAAUCCCAUCGUAUCCAACCGAUCCUGUAUUCCAUCUUGCCAUUGAAUAUACUGGUCAAUCAUAUCAAGAUAAAUUAUCAACUCUAAGAUCUCAACUUGAUCAAGAAAAGGCUGAUUAUAUUGUUAUUAGUGCUUUAGAUGAAAUUGCUUGGUUAUAUAAUUUAAGAGGAUCAGAUAUAUCAUUUAAUCCAGUAUUUAUAUCAUAUGCAAUUAUUGGAAAGGAUAGUUCUGAAUUAUUUAUUCUUGAAUCAAAGAUUCCAGAAAAUGUAAAGAAUCAAUUACCAGGGGUACAAAUCAAACCAUAUGACUCGAUCUUUUCGACACUGUCACAAUACAAUCAAGAAAAGAAAAAGAUUUGGUUGGAUCCAAGAUCAAGUUUGGCAUUGUUUAGAUCGGUUGACAAGAGUCAAUUGAUUGAAAAGUCAAAUCCAGUACAAUUGGCCAAAGCCAUCAAGAAUCAAGUAGAGAUUGAGGGAUUCCGUAAAUGUCAUGUACGUGAUGCAUCGGCACUUGUUCAAUUCUUGGCAUGGUUGGAGGAAGAGAUUGUCGUCAAGAAUAAUACAGAAUUGACAGAAUACUCGGUUGCCGAAGUACUUGAAGAGUAUAGAAGUCGACAAAAAGACUUUAUCAGUCUUUCGUUUGACUCUAUUUCAUCGAUUGAGAGUAAUGGUGCCAUCAUCCAUUACAAGCCUGAAAAGGAGACUUGUAAAAAGAUUACAAAGGCAAUGUACUUGAUCGACUCUGGUGGUCAGUACCGUGACGGUACCACCGAUGUCACUCGUACCACUCACUAUGGUCAACCAACUCAACACGAAAAAGACUGUUACACGCGUGUUCUCAAAGGUCACAUUCAACUUUCGAUCAUCAAAUUCCCACAACGUAUUAGUGGUCGUGACAUUGACUGUAUUGCUCGUAUGUCUUUGUGGCAAGUCGGUCUCGACUAUGCCCACGGUACCGGUCACGGUGUCGGCUCGUUCCUCAACGUUCAUGAGGGUCCACAAGGCAUCUCGUACCGUUCCAUCCCCAACCCAACUCUCUUCCAACAAGGUAUGACCAUUACCAACGAACCUGGCUACUAUGAAGCCGGUGCCUUUGGCAUUCGUAUUGAAAAUAUCAUGGUCACACAACCAACUGAAACCAAAUUCAACAAUGGUGCUUAUCUCGGUUUUGAAAGUGUCACUGUCGUCCCCUAUGAACGUGAUCUCAUCAACUUGGAUCUUCUCACCACCAAAGAAAUCACAUUCAUCAAUCAAUAUCAUCAACAAGUACUUCAAAAGAUUUUACCUACCCUUGAUCCAAACGAUCAUCGUACUAUCAAUUAUUUAAAGAAAAAAACUAUUCCCCUCUAA